GAGCCCUUCCCCGAGUACUGGCAAUCGUGCGAGACCCAGGACGCCCACGUGGACGAGCAGCUCGAGCAGGCCUACCGAUACGCCAUCUCCAAGGUCUGCGAGGAAGUGAUCCGCUUUCGCGACCUCGACGCGAGUGUGACCUCCCCUCUGCCGUUCGCCAUGGAUAGCCUCAACCCCAGUCCCAGCACCCCCGCAACGACCGACGGCAAUGUCGACAGCAACAACAGAGACACCGACACCCCCGUUCCUCCCACGACCCAGCCAGAGGCCCCGAUGCCCCAGCCCCAGCUCUUCGACGUCCCGGCCGCCUAUCCCACUCACGAGCGCGAAUGCUCGGAGGAAUGGAAGCAGGAGACCCUCGCGGACGUCAAGCGUCUGAUCCUGUCGGACAAAUUGAAAACCGAUACCAAGCGUCGCUUCAUCGCCAUGUGCAAUCUGAUCCUGCGCAUCGAAUACCUCCUCUUCCGUCGUCAUCCGGUCCCCGUCGAUCCGGUCACCUCGUUGAGCACCGAGGAAGUCGAGGAGGUGUUCUACCACGCCACCGAAUUGAUCAAGUACGUCACCAUCAUCGACAACAUCCUGACCCAGGAGUACGCCUGGGCCCAACGCGUGCAGUAUUCGGUCGCGUUUAUUGCCAGCGACACGAGGUUCAAUGUCGUGAUGCGCUUCAAGAAUAUGUCUGAGGUUAUUAUCAGACAUCUCAAAAAGCCCCGACCAACCGAACAACAGCUCCUCACCCUCGUCCUCGACUUCUACGACACCUUCAUGUACCGAGACUACCUCAAAACGCACCCCAAGCCCGUCGAAAUAGAGGCCUACUGGGACCCGACCCGCGAGCAGCUCACUGCUUACCUCGCCCAGAUCUGGAACACCAUCAACCACUCCAUCGAGAUGUAUGACGCCAUCGUGCAGGUCAACUCCGAUCUGAAGGAGACGUAUGUCGGCCCAGCGUUCCGCGAUAUGGAAGAAGCCCCGCGCAUCUGGCGCGAUGUGCUGGUGGGGCAUUAUUUGGAGCAGGAGCGCGCAAGACUGAGG